GCAUGCUUUCUGAAAAGUUGGUGUGGAUGACUACAGCUCAGAGUCUGAUGUGAUUAUUAUACCUUCAGCCCUGGACUUUGUCUCACAAGAUGAAAUGUUGACGCCUUUGGGAAGACUGGACAAAUACGCUGCAAGUGAGAACAUAUUUAACAGGCAAAUGGUGGCUCGAAGUUUGCUGGAUACUUUGAAAGAAGUCAGUGAUGAUGAAAGAGAUUGUAUUGCUGUGUUGGAGCGAAUCAGCAGGUUGGCUGAUGAUUCAGAGCCAACUGUGAGAGCAGAGCUGAUGGAGCAGGUGCCUCAUAUUGCUAUGUUCUGUCAAGAAAACAGGCCAUCAAUCCCCUAUGCUUUUUCCAAAUAUUUGUUGCCUAUUGUGGUAAGAUACCUCGCAGACCAAAAUAACCAGGUGAGAAAAACAAGUCAGGCAGCAUUGCUUGUUUUGUUGGAACAAGAACUUAUUGAGAGGUAUGAUGUGGAGACCAAAGUGUGCCCAGUUCUUAUAGAAUUGACGGCCCCAGACAGCAAUGAUGAUGUGAAGACUGAGGCAGUUGCUAUAAUGUGCAAAAUGGCUUCCAUGGUGGGGAAAGACAUCACAGAGAGACUCAUUCUACCUAGGUUUUGUGAGAUGUGUUGUGAUUGCAGAAUGUUUCAUGUUCGUAAGGUCUGUGCAGCCAAUUUUGGAGAUAUCUGCAGUGUGGUUGGGCAGCAAGCUACUGAAGAAAUGCUACUCCCAAGGUUUUUCCAGCUCUGUUCUGAUAAUGUCUGGGGAGUCCGGAAGGCUUGCGCUGAAUGCUUCAUGGCAGUUUCAUGUGCAACAUCACAAGAGGUCCGGCGGACAAAAUUGUCAACUCUUUUUAUUAAUCUGAUCAGUGACCCUUCACGAUGGGUCCGUCAAGCUGCCUUUCAGUCCCUGGGGCCUUUUAUAUCUACUUUUGCUAAUCCAUCUAGCAGUGGCCAGUAUUUUAAAGAAGAAGAAAGUAAAACUACAGAGGAUCAUAGAGCUGCAGAGGAAAAUAGUGAAAAGAUGAGGAAUACAGCAAAUCUCAUAACAGAGGAUGCAUGCAGCAGGACAGUAGACAUAUCUUCAGAUGUUGAUAUUAGUGAUUGUAUGCUGAAACCUGAAAACACUGCAGAAGAUCAAAACCUUGUAUCCAGUAAAUCCCAGAAUGAAACUGAUUUCUCGACUGAGAUGUUCUUAAGUUGCACUUUGUCUUCAGACUCUUGUAGAGAACUAGCUGAGGAGAAUGAGCAAAAUUCUAGUCAUUGUACAACAAUGGUGCAAGAGUCUGGGUUGAGCUCCCAUGAAACUUCCCUUUCAGAGCAGGAGUUGUACAACUCUUUCCAUUUCUGGAGGACUCCACUUCCUGAGAUAGAUAUUGAUUUAGAGCUUCAGCAAGCCUCUGAUAUAAUCUUUACUCCAGACAUUCAGGAAGGAACACAAGAAGCUACUGUGCCAGCUUCUCCAAACAUUACUAUGGCUACAAGGAAGGAGUUGGAAGAAAUGAUAGAAAAUCUGGAGCCUCACAUUGAUGAUCCAGAUGUUAAAGCACAAGUAGAAGUCCUCUCAGCUGCACUCCGAGCAUCCAGUCUUGACCCUCAGGAAGAAACAUCAGCAGGAAUUGGCAAAGAAAUGUACUCACAAAAUGACCUGGAUGUCAAAGACCAACUAAAUAGUAAACUAAUUCAGGAUGAUACUGUGCCUUUGAUUAGUGACACUGUUGAGAGCAUGGGUUCCACUCUCCCAUAUAUUCAUAAUGAUUCAGACUUGAGUACCAAUAGCAGCUUUAGCCCUGAAGAGGAAAGAAAAUCCAAAGUACAGGAUGUUGUACCUCAAGCCUUGCUAGAUCAGUAUUUAUCCAUGACAGAUCCCUCUCGUGCACAAACAGUUGAUACUGAGAUUGCUAAACAUUGUGCUUACAGUCUUCCGGGUGUGGCACUUACUUUAGGUAGGCAGAACUGGCACUGUUUGAAAGACACCUAUGAGACAUUAGCAUCUGACAUGCAGUGGAAAGUUCGAAGGACAUUAGCUUUCUCAAUACAUGAACUUGCAGUCAUCCUGGGAGACCAGCUCACAGCAGGAGACUUGGUUCCUGUCUUCAAUGGUUUUUUAAAGGACCUAGACGAAGUCAGGAUAGGUGUACUUAAGCAUUUGCACGAUUUUCUGAAGCUUCUUCAUCCUGACAAAAGAAGAGAAUAUCUUUAUCAACUCCAGGAAUUCUUAGUGACUGAUAACAGCAGGAACUGGCGUUUCAGAGCUGAGCUGGCUGAACAGCUUAUCUUGCUUCUAGAUCUGUACAGUGCCAGAGACGUCUAUGACUAUUUGAGACCUAUUGCUGUCAGCCUCUGUGCAGACAAGGUUUCCUCUGUUCGCUGGAUUUCCUAUAAAUUGGUUAGUGAAAUGGUAAAAAAGCUAUAUAUGGCUUCAACACCAACAUUUAUGGUGGACCUCAUGAACGAACUUGUUGAAAAAUUCUGUAGAUGCCAAAAGUGGUCUGGUCGGCAAACGUUUGUCUUUAUUUGCCAGACUGUCAUUGAAGAUGACUGCCUCCCUAUGGAUCAGUUUGCUCUGCACCUACUGCCACAUUUACUGCACUUGGCAUCUGAUAGAGUUCCAAAUGUUCGAGUACUCCUUGCAAAGACAUUACGGCAAACCCUUUUAGAGAAAGAAUAUUUUCUGAAUUCUGCCAACUCUCAUCAAGAAGCUGUCGAACAAACAAUUAUGGCACUUCAAAUGGAUGAUGACAAUGAUGUCAAAUAUUUUGCAAGUAUUCACCCUGCCAGUACCAAAAUUGCAGAUGAUGCCAUGAGCACAGCUUCAUCAACUUAUUAAAAAGUUCUUGAAUGUUAUUAGAUUUUAAUUAAAAAAAGCAAAACAAAACUAUCCUCAAGUGCUCCUGAAAUGGAUGAUCUAGGACAACCUCUUCUGGAGGAGGAGAGAUCUCUUGCCAGACCUAACUACAGGUGGAUAUUAUCUAAACCUGAUACCAGGGAUUUUUUAAGAGUCAAGAAAAAUAAACAUUACUUAUGUUAUUUUGACUGUAGAAAACUAUUGCUCAGAGGAUUAUAUUUGCCACCGAAGCCUUAAAUCUUCUGUCUUCCUGAACACAUGAAACUUGAAUUGGCAGAUCGUUUUCAUUGUAGAAGGGAUGUGAUUUCCAGAGACCUGCAUUGUUUCUCCUGAGGAGUUAACUUAGCAAGUUUUUCCCUUAGUAACUGAUAGUUGGCAGUCGUACAGCCAGCAAGGCAAAUUUAUGCCAACAUGCAAGACCCUCCAGUAUUAGUUAUACAAGUUUUUAUCCAUGCAAGGACUUGAUUGUGUGUGACCAGCCACAUCCUCAAGCAUGAAUAGUUUUGAUGUGUGUAAAUGGAGAAAGGUAGAAAUUUGGAUUUCUCUCAAGGGCUCAGUGCUAACACUAAACUAGAAUCUGAUUUUAAUCCUUAAAUGCAGCAUAUUGCUGUAUCCAUUAGCAUAAAAUUUGCUGAGUACCUGUGUCCUAAUUUUCAUGCUGGUCAUGACCUAAAGGAAAUUUAUUAGCACAUGUACUUUAUGUCAGGUAUUUUUAACUUGAUCAUGAUCGGCUCUAAGGUGCAACUUCUUUUCUUCAUAUACUGUACAUAUCUCUGAUCACUCGCUGGAGUGCUGCCGUCUUUAAUCAUGUUGUUUAAAGCUGUUGUGAUACAAGUUGUUCUCUACUUGUCCAAAUAAAAUUUAAUAAUAAGAUUGAACAAAAUCUUGUUACCUUUUUAAGACAUUAAAAGAACAAAUUUGGAAUUAA